AUGGCCAAAGCUGGUAAAAGGUCUAACGGUGAAACAUACUACAACUCUACAAGAGCUAAGAGGUCUAAACCGAGCAAUUCGAAUCGGCAGCCUGCUCAGAUGGGAGACGUGCCUGACCCUGAAGAAGAACUAGGACACUCAACGAGCGUAGAAUUCUUGGCUGCAGCGAAGGAACCUGCGAAGAGGAGCCAUGCAGCGGUCUCAGAUCUCAAGAAUAUUGUUGAGGAGGAGAAGAAAAGGCUAGCCAAACUACUCGAGCAGAAGGCAUUUGGCGUGUACGCUCGUUAUGUAUCUACGGGUUGGAUGACUCCGAGUAAUUUGAGUUCUAGCACGAAACGAGACUCUGAACUCAAAGACACUCUCAUCAAGGUCAUACACGACGCCCAGCGAGACCGAACAGAGAUCGAUGAGGAGGGGGUCGACCCGUCCUCCACAUCGAAGCCCACAGCAUGCGCCAUUUACCAGAGCGCCAAGUCUAACAUAGCGUCUUCGCGAGGAUUGCUAGGACACUACGAACGAGCGUCUCAACAGGUCGCUUCUGGACAAAGGGUCCCGAUGAUGGAGUCUGGAUGGGAGAAGGACUUACAAACGCUGCAACGUAUUCUCAACCAACAGGGAGAGAAGAUCAAGUCUGAGGUACAUCAAAUUCUCAAUGAAGACUCAGAAUCCUCAAAGGAGCAGUUCAAGUGUAACAUGUCAGACUUGGACACCGAUCUGUGGAAUCGAUUUGCUGUGGGUGAAGCUAAGGAGAAAAUUGUCGAGGCGCUAGACGGAAGAAGAGAAGAUACGUGGGCAGUGGUAGCAAAGAAUGCACAACGAGCGCAGAUGGGUGCCCUCAAAUAUGUCGAAGAGCUUCAAAAGAAGAAGCAAUCCGACGUCCUCCGUUUCCUGCUGCGCGUCCGAUGCUGGGAGCUUCGACAAUUGCACGUCAUCCACCGCGCUUCUCGUCCCUCUCGCCCGGAUAAGGCGCGUCGUCUAGGCUACAAGGCCAAGCAGGGUUAUGUCAUCUACCGCGUGCGUGUGCGUCGUGGAGGACGCAAGCGACCUGCGCCCAAAGGCGCUACCUACGGCAAACCCACCAACCAGGGUAUCAACCAGCUGAAGUACCAGCGUUCACUCAAGUCCACCGCCGAAGAACGCGUGGGGCGCCGAUGCGCCAAUCUGAGGGUGCUGAAUUCCUACUGGAUCAACCAAGACUCGACCUACAAAUAUUUCGAGAUCAUCCUCGUCGACCCUCAGCACAAGGCCAUUCGCCGCGAUCCCCGCAUCAACUGGAUUGUCAAGCCUGUGCACAAGCACCGUGAAUCUCGAGGUCUCACGGCAACCGGCAAGAAGUCUCGUGGGCUGGGCAGGGGUCACAAGUUCAACAAGACUACGGCGGGCAGGAGGAAGACAUGGAAGCGUCACAAUACCGAGUCAUACUGGCGUUACCGUUGA